UUAAAACUGCUAGUUGUAACACAGAGGUAUUUUCUUGCCAGGGAGGCAGAGAUACUUCAGUGAGAAUAUUGAAAACUUUUACUAUAGAAAUUCCCACAAGAAAUCUUACCAUCUGUUUACCCUAUUCAAUUUUUCUUCACUAAAUUAAAAAAAAAAUUCUGUAUGACCUAUGGCACUUUUGACUUAAAUCACAUCUGUUAAAUUCAGAUGUUGGUCAGAGAUUAUUAACUGUUUGCCCGUCUUUACACAGUAUUCUCCCAAAAUAAAAUCACUCCGUUGCCCUCUGCCCUCCAAUUGUGAAAUCAAGAAGAUGAGUGGUUGUGUUUAGAGUAUUCAGUAGUCUGCCUUUCUAAACAUUCCAAGCAGCCUUUUGGAUAUGGAUAAGUUGUUUAUUGUAGAACUAACAAUACAGGCGAAACAGGAAGCAGCUCUUUGCUGGGUAGGAUGCUCCGAGUCACCCUCCACUCUCCCAGGGAACGCUCUUCAGCUGACUGAAGCAGGGGAGCCGAGCCAAUCAGAGGCCGCUUUCCUAGCUCAGUCACCAGUCUGUGGUUAAGGAAGGGUUUUGCUUUUUAUGCUCUGUAUUGGGAAGGCAGAUAAAAAUGCCAGGUCUGGACUGCCUCUGGGGAUAACCUCACCCUGUGUGAUGUGAAUGAAUAGCAUCUUGCCUGGCAAAUCCACAGGAAUUGAUAAGGCAGGCGCAGCUCUUCCAAACAGGCCUUUUCUCUUUUAGCUCUAGCUGUGGUUUCUGCAGCAGUUUUGUUUUUGCCUUAAGAGAGGUGCUCUGGAUUAUCAGACCUCCAUGUAUGACAAUUUGUACCUGCAUGGAAUUGAAGACUCGGAGGCUGAAGAAUAAUGUGAUGUGUUACCCAAGAUGGUGUGAACAGAGCUUCAAGCCAAUGGAGAAGACUAGGCCUAAAUAGCUGAACCGGUGAAGUAACAGAUAAAGCCACACCUGGAGUGCCACAUCCUCAACAGCCUUUCUCAGUGCCAAUGCAUUUAUGGCUGGUUCAGCGGAUUCCUACACAAGCAGGCCGUCUGACUCCGAUGUCUCUUUGGAAGAGGAUCGGGAAGCAAUUCGACAGGAGAGAGAACAGCAAGCGGCUAUCCAACUUGAGAGAGCAAAGUCCAAACCCGUAGCCUUUGCUGUGAAGACGAAUGUGAGCUAUUGUGGAGCUCUGGAUGAGGAUGUGCCUGUUCCAAGCACAGCCAUCUCCUUUGAUGCCAAGGACUUUCUACACAUUAAAGAGAAAUACAACAAUGAUUGGUGGAUAGGAAGGCUGGUGAAAGAGGGCUGUGAGAUUGGCUUCAUCCCAAGUCCACUCAGAUUGGAGAACAUACGGAUUCAGCAAGAACAGAAACGAGGACGUUUUCACGGAGGGAAAUCAAGUGGAAAUUCCUCAUCAAGUCUUGGGGAAAUGGUAUCAGGGACAUUUCGAGCAACUCCCACAUCAACAGCAAAACAGAAGCAAAAAGUGACGGAGCACAUUCCUCCUUAUGAUGUUGUGCCAUCAAUGCGUCCGGUGGUGUUAGUGGGGCCGUCACUGAAAGGUUAUGAGGUAACAGACAUGAUGCAGAAAGCCCUCUUUGAUUUCCUGAAGCACAGGUUUGAUGGGAGGAUAUCAAUAACGAGAGUGACAGCUGACAUUUCUCUUGCUAAGAGGUCUGUCCUAAAUAAUCCCAGCAAGAGAGCAAUAAUUGAACGUUCAAACACCCGGUCCAGCUUAGCGGAAGUACAAAGUGAAAUUGAAAGAAUCUUUGAGUUGGCAAGAUCUUUGCAAUUGGUUGUUCUUGAUGCAGACACCAUCAAUCACCCAGCACAACUUAUAAAGACUUCCUUAGCACCAAUUAUUGUUCAUGUAAAAGUCUCAUCUCCAAAGGUUUUACAGCGAUUGAUUAAAUCUAGAGGAAAAUCCCAAAGUAAACACUUGAAUGUUCAACUAGUAGCAGCUGAUAAACUUGCACAGUGCCCUCCUGAAAUGUUCGAUGUUAUAUUGGAUGAGAAUCAGCUUGAGGAUGCUUGUGAACAUCUAGGAGAGUACCUUGAGGCGUACUGGCGAGCCACCCACACGACCAGCAGCACCCCCAUGACCCCGCUACUGGGGAGGAAUUUGGGCUCCACAGCACUCUCACCAUAUCCCACGGCAAUUUCUGGGUUACAGAGUCAGCGAAUGAGGCACAGCAACCACUCCACAGAGAACUCUCCGAUUGAAAGACGAAGUCUAAUGACCUCUGAUGAAAAUUAUCACAAUGAGAGAGCUCGGAAGAGUAGAAACCGUUUGUCUUCCAGUUCCCAGCACAGCCGAGAUCAUUACCCUCUUGUGGAAGAAGAUUACCCUGACUCAUACCAGGACACUUACAAACCUCACAGGAACCGAGGCUCACCUGGGGGAUACAGCCAUGACUCCCGGCAUAGGCUUUGAGGCUGCCAAAACAACAAAAAAAUAUGUAUUCAUCUGUUGACAAUUUGCCAUAGCACUGCUAGGAUAAACCAAUCAUCUUAACUUGGCAAGCACAGCACAGUAUUGACUGUGCUUAUGGGCUGCUGUCAUUUGAUGCUAAGGGGCAAAAAACAACAACAAAAAAAUGUACAUUAUGCCCUUGAGUCUAGAUGGAUAUUAGAUGCCCAAUCAUAUAGAUAUUUUAAGUGCUACAUUUACAUAACAGUACCUUUUGUUUUCUUCAUAGAUUUAAACACAUCAAUUUGUAAUUUAGGGUACUUAACAAGGCACAUAUAAAAUAAUUUCCCAUGCUGGAAAUUCCAAAUGACCAGUUCCAGUUGGAACCAAUUUAUAAACCAAUUCCUGUUGGAAUUUGGGUGAAUUGACUAGAAAGUCUACUUGAGCAUGUUGCAAUCAAUUGAAAUCUUGGGGAAAAAAACCAAUAAGAAAAUCAAAGUAUCAAUAGAAGCCAAAACUAGCUAUUUAUUUGCUGGAAGCUAAAUUUACACUUAAAAGUUGGAAUGUAUAAACAUUUUAAUAUAUGUUAAUGUUGCCAGAAUGGCUUUUCAAACUUACCAAAUGUAUUGAUAGUGCCAAAAAAAAAAAAAAAAAACUCAAAUCUUAAUGCAGAAACUAUAUAGUCGCCUCAGAUUUUAAUAUUUUUAUUUCUUUGCUGGCACAGCUGUUGUAUUCAAAGUGUUUUGCUUUCUGUUCAGUCAAUACUGUUAGCUCGUUUGAACUUGGCAAAAAAAAAAAAAAAUUGGCAGAGAGAAUGAAUAGUAAAGAGAAGCCCGAGCAUAGCUGAUUAUAAGAAAUGGGAAAUGAGAUGUUGUUUCUUUAAUCAGUUUGAGCACAACUACAUACAUCCAGGGAACUGAAGUCACACCAAGAAUGUGGUAUAGAUCCUCCUGAGUACAAAGCUUAACAACUCCAGGUGGGAGAUCAGCUAUCCCACUUAAUACAAACAUGGGGUCAGUUUUUCCUGCUAGCGUAGUUAAGUAUCUUUCUAUUUCAUCACUCCGUUUAUGUCUUUGAAUAUCUAAACAUUCUAGCCCUUCGCCAAAUGUUUUAAAUUAUGCUAAGGAUUUUUUUUUCCAUGACACAUAAAAAUUAGGUAUUGGAAGUUAGCUUUUUACAAAUUGGAAAAGUUAAAACAAAUGAUAAAUUCAAAAGCUUGCAAACGCAUAGAUGCAGAAUAUAUACACUAUAAUUACAACAUUUUUAAUGCAAAGAAUUAUGAAGAAUUUGGAGAUUGAGAUACCUUACUUCUAGUGAGCAUUUUUAAUCACUCAUUAAUUAUUCAGUUUUUACAGUAACUAUAAUUAUAGAAUUGGUGACAAAUGUCUUCUAUUAUCAAGGAAGACUUAGGUUCCCUAUGAUCCAAAAAGUUGUGGAAAUUGACCCUUUUAUACAAGACAAAAUGUCUUUAUAAAAGACUCCUGUUUCUAAAAUUCCAAAAAUGUAUGCAUUUUCUCAAACCUGAUAGGAACCAAGCAUGAAAUCCUUUUCUACUGGUACAUGUUAUAAAGACUAUUUUUGAAAACAAGAAUAAUUAAUUUUAUAUUAUUUUAUUUUUCCCCAAGUUUUUCAAUAUUUAGACUCUCAAAGCAUGCACCAGUUCAAUAAUUUUUCCUGAUCAAGAAAAUAAGUGUCCCAGGGUGCAGUGGCGCAUGCCUAUAAUCCCAGCAACUCUGGAAGCUGAGGCAGGAGGAUAGCAAGUUCAAAGCCAGCCUCAGCAAUUUAGUGAGGUGCUAAGUAACUCAGUGAGACCCUGCCUCUAAAUAAAAUACAAAAUAGGGCUAGGGAUGUGGCUCAGUGGUUGAGUGCCCCUGAGUUCAAUCCCCAGCAACACCCCCCCCACAAGAAAAAAGAAAAGUUUCACAUUCUUGAUUAGUUACCCUCAUCUUGAACCUCAUUGCCGUCUCAUCCUGCAGUCUCCCUUCACGUUCACUGCGUGUGCCCCAUUAUGAACCUGUUUAGUUGAUAAUGAGGAUGCCUAUAAUUCUGUAAGUCAUUCACACAUUUGAUACAAUUAAACAUGGGCUCAGUAAAUUUUAAAAGUUAACGUGACACUGGCUUGUGAAGUUCUUUUGUCAUCUAGCAAAGUUUACAGAACUUUCAGUUAAGACAUUUAAGAGAGCUAUCUCCAUUAGGCUCUUAAAAAUAUAUAUAUAUAUAACCUGCCAUUACUAAAUACUUUGUUAGAACAUAGAAGAGCAUUUUCCAGCAAACAAAAAUAUAUUUAUUACAUGUACAGCACAUAUUUGCAUGAGAAAGAAAACAUUAGCCAAACAUUUUUCUAUAUGCUUUACUGGUUUCUUGUUUGUGUGCUUUAAAGUAUUUAAUUGCAAAGAGUGCACCAAGGUGUAUAAAUUUAGACUAGACAGCUGUUCAGCUUUUUCUGUAGUAGCAUUAGCAAUUUGGUCAUUUAACUACUUUAAGAUAUUUACAUUUUAUGGCAGGUAGCUGUAACAGCGUUUACAUAUAUUUCCUAGUCAACAAGAUCACCAUUUUCUUUCAACUUUUAAAAAGUCACUUAGUUUUAAAGGUCUCUCAAAGCCUUGUUUCUAGACUUCCAUGUCAUGCUGAAAAAGAGGGAGGCCCAUUCAGUAUCCGUGUACAAAUUCAAUCCAUCAUUUACCAUCAGAUGUCCAUACCGUUUUGCUUUGCAUUCUUAUUCAAAAGCUAACAAUCUUGGAAAGGGUAUAAUGUAUAUUUUUCUUAAUGGAUAUAUUUAAAAUUUCACUUUAACUUGACAUUUCAUCUUCCUUCUGUAGUAAGUUUAUUUCCUCCAAAUGAAUAAGAAAUAUGCAUCUUCCUUUUAUUACAAAGUGGUUUGUUUCUGUGUAAAUGAUACUAAAAUCCAGAUAUUGACUAAGUGAAAAGUUUUAUUUUUGUCAAGCACACUAAGCACCUUUGGAAUAGAUGUAUUCCACAAAUACUUUGUUUUUCAUUUAUUUUAUUUAAAGUAGCAAAUUAUCACAAGUAGGAGAAACAAGUCUUAUAAUAUUUGGGGGCUAUUUUAACUUAUAGUAUAAAAUACCUGUUAGAAUUCUGUCACUUCAGUCAGCAGACAUGUAACAAUGAAGACUCAUGGGACAAUGUGGAAAUGUAGUCCUAGACAAAAAAAAAAAAAAGGGAAUGCAAGUUGUCAAUCCUGAUGUUAAUUCUCACGGCUAUAAUGUGACUCUAAUAUUAUAAUCAACAAUAUUAUCUCAUUUACUGCAAUAUUUAAAGCAACACUUAGAAAUGUUUAUAAAUGACUAAUGUUUCUCUCUUAUCUUUAUACAGUUCUAUUGGAAGAAAGGUUGAAAUUCUUAACAAUUGAGACUAAUGGUCUUUCCUAAUAAGAGAGUCUUAAUGUUGUGACUAUACAAGUCAUUGCAUUUAGUCCUUAAUGAAAUGAAUUUUUAAAAUGUGAAACAAAUUAUGAGACAAUUAUUUGUUCCCUUUAAAUAAUGUCACUUACUCUAAUUAUUAUUGUUGUUUUUUGCAAAAUGUAUUUUUGGAAUGUUAACCUCUUUUCAUACCUGCAUACUUGAACUUGUCUUUUGUGUGGGGGCCUUAAAAUUCAUAAUAUAAAGUGGGGGUAAUGAAAGAGAGUGCGAGAAGAAAAUUAUGGCAAAAGAUAGUUUGCAAAUUUAAAUUCUUUAAAUGAACAUAUCACAAAAUAUUUUUGCAACCCAGGAUGUCAGUUAAGAAUGUUUUUAGGUAACCCUAAUUUGCAUGCUGGCAUAUUUUCUUAAGUUGUACAAUUUUAUUUUGGUAUUUGCUAAAAAACAAAACAUAAUGCCACUGUAGAAUUUGCCCUCUAUAUUGAUAUUUAUAUACUACCUCUUCUCUAGAGAAGACAGUUGGUCUUAAAAGGGAAAUAACUUGUCAAAAACCAGUGAUCAAAUUUCUUACUAUUAUUGCUAACUUUGCUGAAAGCUAAUUGCAUAAAGUGUUAAAAUUUGCCUUCCCUUUAGAUUUUAAACUGAUGAUUUUAUCCCAGAUGCUGCAUGUUUCCAUAUGCUCUUGUCACCCUUCAUUUCUUCCAUAUUAGUGAAGUUUUCUUUGAAUUGGUUCACAGAUUAUCCUGAAGUAUGGUUAAUUUGGUUAAUUUAACAAAUGAAUCAUAAUAGGGAACAAAACAAACUGCAAAGUAAUUUAUCUUUGUGUACAACAUGUUAUGAUAUCUAGCUCUAAGUUUAAAAGAGAGUAGUUCCAAAGACUUGAUGUUUAAAUGCAGCUGUUUUGCAAAUUCAAAUUUUUGUCUUUUGAGAACACCAAGAACAUGACUUAACCAAUUACUGGGUAAGGGUAUACAUUAUCUUGGACUCCCAUGUAAUUGGAACAAAUUUCAUAUCAGUGUUUCAAAUAAAUACAUAUGUAUUCCUUAGUCCUUUUAUAUUUCUGCCUUUGUCUCUCAUGACAAUGUUGCAUGCUGGUUUUUUUAAUUAUAUAAAACUCAUCCUUGAAUGACUAUAUGAAUGAAAACUUUAUAGGAAAUUAUGUAAUAAAAUCUGUUUUAUUAGUUCCUUAUAACUUUAAUGUCAUACUGUAACUGUUCCUAAGUUACUUACUUAAGCUGUGUCUAUGCAGCAUAGAACAGUCCUCCUCUUUUCAAUGAUAAUCAUGAUCAAAUCAAUCAAUACAAUAGACAACAAAAACAACUUUUUUCUUUGAAUUAAGCUGUCAAAUUGGUCAAAAUAGUGAAAUUGGUUUAUAGGGGCAGACAGAGCUACAGCAUUAAAAAAAUUACUUUUUAAAGUUUUCUUCUUUUAUUUGAAGGGAUUUUCCAAUGAAAUACAUCCUCUGAUAGCAAUCAUCUCUAACUACUUAUGGAUAAUUUAAUCUCAAAUGCUGCAUGUAAUUUAGCUAUGAGAAGAUUCGAAAGUAUCUCAUCAGAUAUUAUAAUUAAGGGCUGUAACUCCUACAUGAAAAAUGUAUAAAUAUAAGUGAAGAGCACUGAGUUUUGGGGAGUCAUAGUUUCAUAUGACACUUUCUUUUGUUUCUUUUGAUGGAUGUAAAAUGUUUGCAGAAAGAUGGUAGAAAAUGAUACUAAUGGAUUUAAAGUGGUUUGGGGUAUACACUGAUACUUCCUCAAUUGAAAAUGAUAAGGAGUUAAAAUGAGAACUAAGAACCAAAAGUGGCUGGCCUCUAGCUUUUUAAUAUUUUCUAAGUGUUCUUGGUUAUGUUUUGAACACUUAAAAUUUCUCAACCAAUGGCUAUGUCUAUAUUUAUGUAGGGGCCUCUCUUGCCCUACUUGCAUGCCACUUUCACACACUUAACUGAAAUCAGUGUGAAUUCUGUAUGCAUAAGGGAUGUAUUAAAGAUGCAGGAUCAUUAAAGCUAUAUUGUUGCAUACUAUUUUUCAUAUGCCUUACAAUAUUUUCUGGGACGUUAUUAAAAUGAAAGCAUUUUAUUGCCAAAAUAAAUCUAUGUUGUUACUUCUGCAAUAGCAGUAGAAAAAUAAAUAAUGUAGCAAAAAUAUAUAUUGUACAGUACAAAAUUAUAAAAUAUAUAUAUAUAUUUUGCCAAUAAUAUGAAAAUAGAUUGAGGAGAAAGAAGCACAUUUGUUAUAGCACAAACUUACAACAAAAUCCACUGUUAAAUUUGGCAGUCCUAUUUUUUAAAAGUAAAUAGAUUUAGUUAUAUGUUUCAUCUACCAUCUUUUUAACUUGCUGCUUGAUACCUUUCCAGCAAUUUAUUUCAUAGCCUUGCAAUCUGUGGUUGUAAUUUAUUUUAUUCCUUUCCAUAAAACUUAUUAAAUUUUAUUUUGUGAUAAGACUCAUACUAUAUUUUCUGUUCUUAUUUCUUCUCCUUCAAUAACAACUACAAAAUGUCACAGCAAGUGAGCUCUCAGCGCUCCUCUGAAUUUUGGACAUGUUUGAAAUUUUUUGUUUUUCACAGCCUCAAAUUAGAAUGAUCAACCAAGAUGUCCCAGUGCAAAAAUUUUAGUUAGGGAUUCCUUAAUUUAUUUUGUACUGGAUACUAGUUUAAAAUAUAAGUUAAAGCCAUUAGCUUUGUUUUGGAAGGGAUGGGGGAGGGAAUAAAAAAUAAAGUUAUUAAUAUAAAACAUUAAAAAGUGAAAAUGGCAAAACAAUACAGAAAGUUUUCCCCUUCUAUUCUGAGGCCUGUUGAAUAUCCCUGACUAUUGCUAUAUCUCCAGUGAUAAAGUGGGGAAAAAAUGCCUUUGUCAAAUAAUUUUUUUCUUUCUUUAAAUUUUAGUUAUUUAUAUUGAUAAUUUAACCCCUUUUAUUUUUCUGAUAUAGGUAUGUGUAGCAUUCUACAAGGCAUGCUGGGUAAAAUAUACUAUGCAAAUGUGUACAGUGCUGCAUGUUUUUGUUCUCCCUCUGCUUUAGUGGCUUCAAAGAAAAAAAAUGUGGUGUUAUUUUUGUGAACAAGACAUUUAACAAAGAAAAUGCAGAGUGCAUGCAUACAGUAUCCUAAUUUCUAUGGAUUUGUUUUAUGGAAUUUAAAUGUGUACAAAACAAUUGCAUUAAUUUUUUUCUUUUAUAUAAUAAAUGAAAAAACACUGAAA